CCACAACAGCCACAACAACAAACAACAACAUCAACACUACCACCGGCGCUCCUUUAAGGGUCAUGUGAACUGGCUCCCCAGACCGGCACGCCCCGUUGUCUUGUAUCGCUCCGUCGCCGUCGCCCGGCUCGUUUUGCGGUCGUACCGGUCUCGCCGCCCCUGUCGCUCUUUGUUCUCGUGUUCAGACAAUUUCUGUUUCUUUGUGCCUUGGGAAUACUCGCUUUACCCUCGACGGUCUUUAUCUAGAGCCGCCAAGAUGGAUUCCGACAUCAUGGACGAUUCUGUAUUCAGCCUGGACGAGGAGUCGGACGGUUUUGUUCCUGAAAUGAGAGCCAAAAAGGCCGCCGCGCGGCCCGCCGCCAAGAAGGCAGCAGCAGCGAAGCCUGCAACGAAGAAGCGUGCCAAGCCCGAGAGCGACGACGAGGAUUCCUUCGGCGAGACUUCUGGUUUCUCCCACACGCCUCCUAGCUCUAAGAAGCAAAAGAAGGGGCCGGCGCCAAAGAAGUCGAGCGGAGUACCGUUGGCCGAGGUGGAAAAUGACAGCUUGAUCAUUGAUGCCCCGACGCAGGCCAAGUCCAAGAAGACCGCGACCGAGACGUACCAGAAGCUCACCCAGCUGGAGCAUAUCAUCAAGCGUCCUGACACCUACAUCGGAUCCGUCGAAAAGACGGACCAGCAAAUGUGGGUGUUCAACAAGGAAACGUCCCAGAUGGAGUAUAAAAACAUCACCUACGUGCCCGGCUUCUACAAGAUCUUUGACGAGAUCCUCGUCAACGCUGCCGACAACAAGCAGCGAGACAGCACCAUGAACACGAUGAAGGUCACCAUCAACCGGGAGACGGGCGAGAUCAGCGUGGAAAACAACGGCAAGGGAAUUCCCGUUGUCAUCCACGAAAAGGAGAAGAUCUACAUCCCAGAGCUGAUCUUCGGUCACCUGCUUGCCGGCUCCAAUUUUGACGACAACGAGCAAAAGACUGUCGGUGGCCGCAACGGCUACGGAGCCAAGCUCUGCAACGUUUUCAGCACCGAGUUCACUCUGGAGUGCCAGGAUAGCACCCACGGCAAGCGAUACAAGCAAACGUGGAACGACAACAUGCAAAAGAUGCAGAAGGCCAAGAUCACUUCUAAUAAAUCUGCCGACUUUGUGCGCGUCACGUUCAAGCCGGACUACCACCGCUUUGGCAUGCCCGAGGGCAUCAGCGACGACCUCGAAGCACUGCUGUAUCGACGCGUGUACGACAUGGCUGGCACUGUCCGCGGCGUCAAAGUGCACCUUAACGGCACGCAGAUCAAGCUCAACACCUUCAAGGCCUAUUGUGACCUCUAUGCCAAAUCCAUCGCCUCAGAGAGGAGCGCGGAGGAGGGUGGCGCCCCUACGUGCACCGUAGAGAUCGACAAGGACAAGACCCAUCCCCGAUGGGAGGUGGGCUUCACCGUCUCCGACGGCACCUUCCAGCAGGUCUCCUUUGUCAACUCCAUCGCUACCACCUCGGGCGGCACCCACGUCAACUACAUCGCCGAUCAGAUCACCGCCUCGUUGCUCAAGACGUUGAACAAGAGAAAGAAGGGCCAUACCCUGAAGCAGACCCAUCUCCGAAACCACAUCUUCAUCUUCGUAAACUGCCUCGUCAACAACCCUGCGUUCACGUCGCAGACCAAGGAGCAGCUUACUACCAAGGCUAGUCAGUUUGGUAGCAGAUGCACCUUGGGCGACGAAUUCCUCAAGAAGAUCGCCAAGUCCGAGGCCAUCGAGAACAUCAUGGAUUUUGCACAGAAGAAGGCAGACAAGAUGAUGUCCAAGAGCGACGGCAGCAAGCGUUCCCGCGUCAGCAACGCCAAGCUGGUCGAGGCCAACUUGGCGGGCACCCGCCGCGGACACGAGUGCACGCUGAUUCUGACAGAAGGUGACUCUGCCAAGGGUCUGGCGGUGUCGGGACGAGCCAUCCUCGACCCCGACCGCAUCGGCGUGUUCCCCCUUCGAGGAAAGCUGCUCAACGUGCGAGACGCCUCAAUCGACCAAAUCACCAAGAACCAGGAGAUUCAAAACAUCAAACAGUUCUUGGGCCUAAAGCAUAAACAGGUCUACACGGACACCAAGAGCCUUCGUUAUGGCCACCUGAUGAUCAUGACCGAUCAGGAUCACGACGGUAGUCAUAUCAAGGGCCUCCUGAUCAACUUCCUCCAAGUCCAGUUUCCAUCACUCUUGAAGAUACCCGAGUUCCUCCGCGAGUUCAUCACGCCAAUCGUCAAAGUCUGGCAAGGUCCGAACCCGAAGAAGCCCCUCAAGCUCAGGUCCUUCUUCACACAGCCGCAGUACGAAGAGUGGAAGAAGUCAACGGAGCACUCUACCGGCAAGUGGACGAGCAAGUACUUCAAGGGUCUGGGAACCAGCUCCAACGAGGAUGCCCAGGUCUACUUCACCAACCUGGAUGAACACUUGAAGGAGUUCAACGUGAUGACGGCAGAUGAAGCCGAGCUAUUCGAUUUGGCCUUCUCCAAGAAGAAGGCAGACGCACGAAAGGAAUGGCUCGGCAACUUCAAGCCUGGGACGUUUCUGGACCAUUCAACCAAGUCCAUCACCUACAGCGAUUUCGUGAACAAGGAGCUCAUUCUGUUCAGUAUGGCUGAUAAUAUGCGAUCCAUCCCGUCGGUACUAGACGGGCUGAAACCCGGUCAGCGAAAGGUCAUGUACGCGUGUUUCAAGCGCAAUCUGAUCAAAGACAAGAAGGUUGCGGAGCUGUCGGGUUACGUCUCGGAGCAGACAUCCUACCACCACGGCGAAGCGUCCCUUCAGCAGACCAUUAUUGGACUGGCCCAGAACUUCGUGGGGUCCAACAACAUCAACUGCCUGGAACCAAGCGGCAACUUUGGUUCGCGACUCGCCGGAGGAUCCGACGCCGCCAGCCCUCGUUACACCUUCACACGUCUCUCUCCGUUCGCGCGCAAGAUUUUCUCGCCGCUUGACGAGCCGAACCUGAAGCAUCAAUACGAUGACAACAACCGCAUCGAGCCUGAAGUAUAUGCUCCCAUCAUUCCCAUGGUGCUGGUGAAUGGCGCCGACGGCAUCGGCACGGGAUGGAGCACGACGAUCCCCAACUACCAUCCCAUCGACAUCGUCAAUAACCUGAAGCGACGCAUGGGUCGUCUGGAAGAGGAUGACCCGGAAGAAAGGCCCUUUGAGACCAUGAUGCCGUGGUUCCGGGGCUGGAAGGGAAGCCCUGAGCCAGCUGGCCCGGACCGGUACAAGUUCAACGGCAUGGCCUACCAGAAUGACGCCAACGCCAACGAGGUGGUCAUCACCGAGCUGCCGAUCCGCAUGUGGACAGACGACUUCAAGGCCAGGCUGGAAAAGGUCAUCAGUGGCGUGGAUGGCCCAAGCUGGAUCAAGGACUACAAGGAGUUCAACGACCACAAGACGGUGCACUUUGAGAUCAUGGUCGACGAGAAGCACAUGGCCAAGGUCCUGGAGGAGGGCCUGCUCGAGCGCUUCAAGCUCACCAAGCAGGUUGCCACGUCAAACCUGGUUGCCUUUGACACGAACGGCAUGAUCCGCAAGUACGAAAAGGUGGAGGAGAUUCUCGAGGAGUACUACCAGUACCGCCUGUCCAUGUACUUGGAGCGAAAGAAACACUGGCUGGGCGUCUACCACGCCGAGUGGCGCAAGCUGCAGAAUCAGGCGAGAUUCAUCAAGGAGAUCAUCGACGGUGACCUGAUUGUGGGCAAGAAGAAAAAGGACGUCCUCGUGCGCGAACUUCGCCAGCGCAAGUAUGAGGCCUUCCCACGGGGCAAAGACACGAAGAAGAAGGCGACAGACGAAGACGACGAUGAGUCGGGAGGUGAAGACAAUGGAGAGGACCAAGACAUGGUCGAUGGUGGUGCUCGCGACUACGACUAUCUGCUCUCGAUGCCCAUCUGGUCUUUGACGGCAGAACGCCUCGAGAAGCUCAACGACGCCAUUGCCAGGAAGAGGGCCGAGCAUGACGAACUUUUGGCCAAGAGCGAAAAGGACCUGUGGUGCACUGAUCUAGACGAGUUUACGAUCGAGUGGGAGAACCAGCUCGCGCUCGACGCAGAGAUCCAGACCAGUAUUCGUCGCAUGGGCCGACGCGUAUCCCAGAAGAUAGGAGCUGGGCGAAAUCGCAAGGCCAAGGACGACGAUGACUACGAGCCCGAGAAGAAGACCAAGGGUAAGGGCAAGGCCAAGGCGGCGCCCAAGGUGGCGCCCAAGGUGGAGACGAAGAGCUCUCAGAGGUUUGCCGAUAUGUUCAGCUCGAAGCCCAAGGCCAAGAAGGAGCCGAAGCAGGAGACACCAGGCUUCUCUGAGGACAACUUUUCCGAUGACGACUUUGCGGCGCUCAGCCGAAGCAAGCCGGCGGCUGCGCCUGCGCCAAAGGCCUCGCAGUCACAGUCGGUAUCGGCCUCGCAGUCGGAAGAGCCCGAUGCCGGGCGGACGAAGCGCGUGGCCGCCUCCAAGGCGAAGCGGGUGUUUGAGCUGUCAUCGGAUAGUGACGAUGACUACAACGACAACCUGCUCGGCGACAUUGGAGACAUGGUCAAGGGCAUCGGCAAGAUGGAGGGCGAGUCAAGCGGACGACUCAGUCUAUACGCCAUGAACCGACCAGAGUCGAGUCACGGUAACGGCGGGUCCAGCGGACUGCCGAAGCUUAAGACGAAGGCGUCCAGGUCGACAUUUGAUGUGGACAGUCCGGACGAGACCAACUACGAGCUGCUGGCAAAGUCGUCCCCACACAAGGCGGCGAAGAGGGAGGAGGACGCGGUUGACAGCUUCUUGUCGGACGACGAGCCCAUGGUGCCACCUUCCAAAGCCCAGGCGGCCAAGGCGUCUUCGAGCGGGACGGCUGGGCUCGCAACAGUCAAGAAAGCACGAGGGCGGCCGGCGGGGGCCAAGAACAAGGCCAAGGCUGAGCCCAAGGCCAAGGCCGCGCCCAAGGCGACGACACUCUCGCCCGCCGCCAAGGCCUAUGCGGCGAAGCGGGGUGUCAAGAAGAGCGUGCUCGCGGCGCUCGACGACUCAGAUGACGAGAUGGCUGGUCCCCCCUCGCCGGUAGCAAAGCCUGCGGCUCGUGGACGGCCUGGUCGGACUGCCGCCACGAAGCGCCGUGUCGUAGUCGACAUGGAUUCGUCGAUGGAUCUCGAGGAAGACGAUGGCAGCGACGACCCGUUUAAAAUGGACGAUGAUGAUGACUAGAUAUUUUGGCGCACGGUGCCUGAGGGGCUCGAGGAGUGCCGGAUUUCAGUAGCUUUGCUUUUUCUUUAUGGUGACGAGUUGUUGUCGCUGCGAGCCGAAGGGGCGAGCUCGUUGGUUUGCGGGCGUUGGCAGCAGGGAAGGAAUGGAUUCGCCCAGUCUAUCUCAAUUUGAUACACCUUGACGCACUGCCGAAUAGCUUGCGAUGUGGUGAGCGCCGACGUGCAAUGAUGGC